AUGAAGAUGGACCGCGGGCCCAGCUACACCGAGUACGAGGACGUCGUCCGGGAGUCCGGAGACAAUACUGGACAGCCAGCACACAGUUCGGAGGGACUUGUGAAGCGCAUCAAUGUACCCAUUGUCACGGGGCGGAUCAUGGACCGGAAGGACAAGAUGUUCCAGCGCUCGAAGGGGCAGUGGAACAUUCGUCGUCAAAAGGUGCCCAACUACUGGAAGCUUUACAUGCAGGACCCGUUCCAUACUGUUGUCAACAUGCGGUUGAGCAAAGUGCUUGGGUCGCUCGUCUUUGCGUAUAUCGUUGUGAUCGUCCUAUUCGGAGCAUUGUACAUGACGCCCCCGGACCAUUGCAAGCUCGCUAUCAGCUCGUUCUUUGGUGGUUUCUCCUUCUCCGUGUCAGUGCUGUUCACCAUUGGUUUCGGCACGAACGGCGGAGACGUGUUUUUUGGCGAGUGUAUCUGGGUGCAGACGAUCAUCACGCUCGAGUCCUUCUGCGGCAUCUUGCUCGAUGCACUGGCCAUUGGCAUCAUCUUCCAGCGGUUUUCACGCGCUCAGGCACGGGCCAACACCAUUGUCAUGAGCACGCACGCUUGUGCUCGUCGCAUUCGCGGCAACUUGUACUUCAUGUUCCAGGUGUGUGAGAUGCGCAAGCAUCAGCUUGUGGAGGCUCAUGUGCGCAUGUACGCCAUCCGCCACGACGUGGAGUUCGGCGAGCACUACUAUUUCCAGUCGUAUCCGAUGCGUAUCCAGCACCCAGAUGACGACCUCGGUGGCAUGAUGUUGCUGGCGCUACCUUCCGUCGUGGUGCAUCGCAUGGACGCCUGGAGCCCACUGCUCCGGCCGAAGAGCGCGGAUACGUGUGGUGUGCACCACAAUCCCGCCAGAAGCUACUUGUUUCCGGAACCGCUGUGCCGUGCGGCUGACGCACAGACUGGAGACCGCGAUGGGUCCGUGCAAGUUGUCACAAAGUCAGAGCACAACACGUGCCGUUGCGCGGGUAACAAUGCCGCUGCGAGCGACGUGCACGUUGAAGCGCAGCUGCCGUCUGUUGAAGAGAUCAAGCAGUACUGGGCCGAGUCUCAGAUGGAGGUGGUGGUGCUUGUCGAAGGUAUUGACGCCGUCACGUCGACAACGAUCCAAGUGCGGCAUUCGUACAAGGCCGAAGACAUUAUGUUUGACCACCGCCACGUGAACUGCGUCGAUGUGGAUCCAGCGACGGGCGGCGCUGUGAUUGACUUCAACCGCUUUCAUAAGACAGCGCCUGUGGAUCCCGAGUGCAACAAGGUGGCCGGCAGCUUUUACUGA